GAGCAUCUGUUGUUAAUUUAUUCUAGGCAAUAAAAUGCCAGUUAUAUGGGCUCAUAGAUUAUGCUGACAACAAAAUCAUGCUGCAUCAUUUAACGGAUAAAGAUUUAAUAUUAGGAAAAACGCUAGUUGCUGAAGUUGUUAAUAGAGAAGAACCAAUUUCUUUAAUAUUAUAUGAUACAUCAACUGAGGAAGAUAUCAAUUUGAAUCAGUAUCUUAUAGAAAUAACUGAAAAAGAAACAAUAACACCAAAAUUACCAAAAAUAGGUGGUAUAACUAAAGUUUAUCUUAGUCAUGUUGAUAACAAUGGUGAUAUAUAUGUGCAAGUAGUUGGACCUGCAUUAGAACUAUUACAGAAUAUAAUGAAUGAAUUUAAUACUCAAUGUGAAAAAAUUUUAGAGAAUGUGAAGUCCUUGAAAAUGGGAAAAAUGUAUUGUAUCAAUUAUUCUAAUAAUUGGUACCGAGCAGUCGUAAAAGUAAUGCCAUUUGAACAGAAAAAUAAGGAAAUAGAAAUGCUUUGUGUUGAUUAUGGAAAUAGUGCUUUUCUGCCAGUAACAAAUAUUUAUGAAUUGGGACAGUUAAAUGACAUUUUGUCUGGACUUCCAUAUCAGGUAGUGACUGAAGCAACAACAAUGAAUCCUGCUAAAGUAGAACUGUUUAAAAGGAUAGAGCCUUCUGAUGAAUUAGUAUCAAUUAAUCAAACACUAGCUCUUUGCACUGAUAUUUUCAGGUAG